GCGGCACUUCGCGUUCACCCGCGCCGCGCAGCCUACGCCAGGCCAGUGAAUUGGCUGCCAGAUGUGGUCAGUUGCAAGCCGAAGUUGCACAGCUGAAAGCACGCAGUCGAGAAUUGGAGCAGGAGAACGAUGACUUAAAGCUGCGGCUUGCCUCGGGCGAGAGGGGCGCUGGUGACAGCGCAGAAGUGGACAUUUUGCGAGGAAGCCUUGAAAGUGCCAAUGCCCGCAACCGGGCAUUGACCACUGAGAUCGAGGUGGAGCGCUUUCGCAACCGGGCACGGGAGCCGCCAGUGCAGGUGGUGGCACCGCCAGUCGCUCCGCCUGUCGCUCCGCCGGUACCCGCUCCGCCGGUGGCGGUUGCGACGAUGGCGACCGCGCCGGCGGCACUGGUGCAACAACUGCAACAGGAACCAACAAUGGUGGCAACGGACAUGGAGCUGUUUGAUGAAGAAGCGGCCUUUCAGGCCCUUUUCGAUGCUGGCGAUGAAGAUGCCGCAUUCAUCGCUGACUUCGAGGCCCUCAUGGCAUGCCCUUCAGGACACCAAGAAGGAGACGACGAUGAGACGGAGUUGAUGAACCAGAUCCCCGAGAAUGCGGAGAACAUAGGGAAACAUGGCCACUGCAAGCAGUUUGACACGACCGCAGUGACCUCAAGCUCUGACCAUCGCGACUCUGAUGGCCGUGCACAGCCCACCAGCAAUGCUGUCGAAGUGUUUAUUUUGAAUGAAGAGAGAGCCGGAGAAGCUGUGAUUGACACGGGCGCAAGGAUCGAGUUUGUUUGCAAGAGCCCACGCUCACGACUUGCGCAGAAGUCUCCAGCAAUGAGCAUGCCAAGCUACCUCCAUGCCGAAUUGUCCGGCGAGGAGGACCCAGGACUGACCAUGCCGAAGACUCACAUGGAUGCACCGGACGAGAAGUACAAGAUUCCACCAGGGAUCAAGACUCUCCAUCAAUGGGGAGAACAGAAGUUUCCGUCGGGGAAGCACCAGGGAAAGACUUUUUUCCAGGUGUUUCAGGAGGACGACGGGUACCUGAUGCAGGUGAAGAAUCGCAAAGCGGUAUCGACAUGGAUGAGGAGUUUUCAAAACUACAUCCGUGCAAUGUGGCUGCAGAGAAGCCGUCAGCAGAGGAUGUCGAAGCCGGAGAGCAUCAACCUCACCAUGGGGUACCAGGUGAAGAAUCCGUCCAGGGGUGUGCCCAGUUCGAGUCAAUCCAGCCAGAACCACGACAAGGACAGCGAGUGGGAAAAGGUAUCAUCGCUGAAACGGCAGUCAGCGGAGAAGGAGCCGAACAAGCAUCAGUCCACCAUCAUGCACACAGAGGCAAACCGAGAGAAGGUGGAAAAAUUACAGACUCAGAUCGCAAUUCUCCAACGCGAACUGGCCAUCGAGACACAGGUGCCGGAGGACCAGUAG